AUGCCGAGGGCUGCCGUCGGCAUAGCCCUGACCCUCGGCAUAGCCUCUAGGGUUAUGACCAGGCCGGUCGAGUUGGUCGAGCCGGACCCACUCAACAUCUCCACGCACAACUCUCCCCGCGCGCCGCCGGAGCUGCUCUCCCGCUGCUGCUCGCCCCGCCGCCACCCUCUCCGCCUCGCCGCCACCCUCCUGUCCCGCGCCGCCCUCCCGUCGCGCCGCCCUCCUCGCCUCGCCGCCACCCUCCUCGUCGCGCCGCCCUCCUCCCCCCCCGCCGCUUCUCCCCCCUCCGCUCCUCCCCCGCUGCGCUUCUCCCCUGCCGCGCUACUCCCCUGCCGCUGCUCCCCCACCCCAUCGCGCUGCUCUCCUCCUCCUCCUCGCGCCCGGCCCGCCGUCCCCUGGCCGGCCUCCUCCUCGCACCCCGGCCUGCCGUCGCCCUGCCAGGCCCUCUUCCCUGCAUACGGCCAUGUCGUGACCGCCUUGUCAUGA